UGUUAUAAAAAAAAGAUUGCUAACUAAGCUGUUGGUCAGCGAGCGAGGAAAUCAGACCGUAUCAAAACACCAGCUGCUUAGCCAAAACUAGCUCUCAAAAAAGGCAUUCUGCCUUCUGUACACUACAGUUUUCUGCGGUUAGCUUCGCCGACGACUAGCCCAUGUGAACUACAAUCCCAAUGCUGUGUUUUAAUGUCAAUCAUCACUUGCAAUACGGCUUUCGAAACAAAUGGUCCUUAUCGUCCGUCAGCGAGAAAGACUAAAAAUAAAAAAUAUACUAUAACUUGGCAGUUUUGCACAGAUCCAUACGGCUAUGGGUACCUCUAGACCAAUAUUGGACAAAAGGAGUUUAUUCCUUAAUCAAAUGACCUUACAUGUUCUGUUUAAAAGGCGAAUUGGCUCUGGAAGCCAAAUAUUCAAUCUAAUUGUGAAUUGAUUCUCAAUUGCGGUACUGUUUUAGAAACAUAAAUCCCUCUACUUUCAUAUCACAAGUUCACAAAUGUAAAAUAAACACUUACUGUACACUGUUUUAACACCAGUUGCAACAAAGUAUUUUUCAGUGACCACCUGGCGUCUGUCAUCUGUUUACACACAGGUGUUCGGAGCAGUAGCAACCCUUUUGUGUACUGUCAGAGAACAAGGCCAUGAUAGCAACAUUGUAAAGACCCCACUCAACAAUGUCUUGGCACAACGAAGGAGCAAGAGUUACAGGCGAUCCAUGCGAAGCUGCGUUGAAGCAACUCAUCUGGGAUACACAGGCCAUCUGACAGCUCUAAGAAUACCAAGAAGUAGAAAAACUCCAAAAUCACGUGAUAUCACAAAACAGGUUGACCCAGACCAAGUGGCUCUCCUGGUGACGAAGGAAUGGGAACUGUCGUACGUCACACCUUUGUACCAGUUCAGACACACUCAGUUGAAAUCCUAUUCAAAGCAUCUAUCAGCUUUCAUUGUAUCAGAGAAGCAACAGGGCCUGGCGAUUGAAGUUGGCCAGGAAUUGGGCUUCAAGGUCAAUUUCUCGGUGGUCCUUGGGUUGGCAGAGACGGAUGAAGAUGCUGAGACGGUUUUCAUACAGAUUCUCUCCAGACAAGCGUUCGCUGCAAAAGAUAAUGCUCAGAAGGUUGUGUGGAAUGGCUGGCUGACCUGCGUCAAUGGUGACUUGGAGUAUCUCCGAUCACUACCAUCAGAAUUUGUCAGUUUGCCUUUGCUCUGACCAGAGUCUCUCACAGUUUUGGUCAAAUCCUGGUUUGAAAAGACAUUUGACUGUUGCUUUGGCCCUCUUGGUAUCAACUCUACCAACCUCCAGUGGCUCGUAGCCCUGUGGAUUGGGUGCCACCCCACCAUCAACAUCCAAUACCUGAAACUGGUUUGGACCCUCCCAACACUACCCCCUAUGGAUGUUAAGUACACCAUCCACCCACAAGAUGCCUGGGAGCUUUGGGACAGUGUGCAGCAGGAUGACACAACAGAUGUCAGCAUCGAGGAGGUCACCAGGUUCAAAGGGCUGCAGUCACACUUCUUCAGGCACUUCAGGAUAGAAUUGUCCGCUGGGUCACUGAUGCAGUUCUCCACGGCUUUGGUUUCUUCUCACCAUAGUGGAAAAAUCAAGAUAGCAAGCCCUACCUACAUCACCACCAUCCUGCAGCUGCUGACAGAAUGUGCCCUCCUGAAGAUGCCCAUCUAAUCAACAUUUGUGCAUGUAAACCCCACAAUUACUGUCCAUAUGAAAUUAAACUGUUUGACACUUAUAUUCCUGUAAAUAGCAUAAGUACCUGUAUUGUAUGAAAAGGCAAGUGCAUACAUUACAAACGAACCAUUCCUGCUGCUUUUGUUCUCUAUAGAUAUUAUUCAUUACAAGCUAAAAGUGUAGACAUAAUUGUGCUACUGCUUAAAACUGCACAGUACGGUUCUGUCAGUGUGUGGGUGAUAAUUAAGCAAUAAGCCCUGGGGGUGGCUCAGGGCUGUUCUUAGGCAUAAUGUGGAGUGCCUGGAUACAGCCCGUAGCCGUGGUAUAUUGGCAAUAUACCACAAACACCUGAGGUACCUUAUUGCUAUUAUAAACUGAUUACCAAUGUAAUUAGACCAGUAAAAAUAAAAUGUUUUGUCAUACCUGUGGUAUACGGUCUGAUAUACCACGGCUUUCAGCAUUCAGGGCACAAACCACCCAGUUUAUAAUUUAUUAUAUAAUCAGGUUUGAGACAUGGUAAAUCCAUUGCCAUCAAGUAACCUGGGCAGAAGUUCUAUAUAUACACAAUCCUUUCAGUCCAGAUAUACAGUACAGUGAAUCAGGUGGCUAAGUGAAAACUAACAAAGCCUAGUUUCCCAGAGAACUAGCCCUGUAAUCCCUGUGCAGUGAUUUCCUAAAUGGUUAACAGAACCUGUAAAUACUUUCAAAUACAGAUUGUUUUUUGAGCUUAUUAAAGUUGGAAAUAAAAAAGGUUUUUAUUAACAGAA